CUUAUACUAACACACGUUACACAUUUUAUUUCCCACACUGGUUAUAAACAUAGUAAUAAUGCACACACAUAAUAUAUCUCCACAAUUAACAAACUCUGACUUUCUCAGAGUUUGGGACCACUCAGGCUAAACAGGAACUCUGAAGGGUUCUCAGCCUGAACACUAGUUCUGCUGUGAUCUAAAAUCCAUUCAUUGGUUCUGCUGCUCAGGACAACAAUAAUUUUCGGAUACUCAGCAUGGAGGUGAGGCCGGCUCAGAGGAUCUUUUCAAGAGCAGAAACACAUGAUCUUAUAAUUAUGUCCCAAUGUUUUGUGCUGCUCCUCCGUUAGUCUGCUGUCUCCACCACAGAAGAUCCUGAGCUGUGAACUGAAGCACAUUGUGAUGCCAUUUUUAGGUUAGUUAUCCUACAUGAAGAAUGAUGCUGUGAAAAGAUCUCAAAUCUCUUCACAUUUUCUCCUCCUCAUUGUUCCUAUACAUCCACGUGAAGCUCUGCAGAAUGAUGGAACCAGAUGUGUAAUCCUGGUCUGAGACAGAGUUUAGUCUAAUAUAAAACAUCUAGCUCUGAUGAGCCACCUCACUAAGAUCCCGUGAAGCAUCUCUGAUGCUUCUUUGGUAUGUUUGAUGUUUCGCUUCAAAGACUUUUCUCACACUGUUGGAAACGCAGAGUUACGCAAAGUUUACUUCACAGAGUUUGUUACUAUGGUGAUUAUUCAGAGCUCAACUGAACUUUCUUUUUGCAGCAGAAAACCCAGUUUCCACAAAUUCAGGUUUACCUUACUGUGAAUUUUCACAUUAUCUGCUUUCAGUCCCUGUUUGUGUUCCAGGUGUCCUAGACUAAAGACAUGUAAUCACCUCACCUUACCACUAGAGGGCCAACCAGGAUCACAACAAUCCAAUCAGCUGAUGGACUUUAAUUGAUCACAGCUGCAGAAUCACUGUGAAAGACUCCUAAAGAGUGAUUGAUUAUUGAUGCUAGCUGCCACAUGCUGUCAGCUCUGGUAGAUGUAGGUUAGUUCUGCCCAGAACCAGGAACUGGAUCAGAACCACAACCACCCAGUUAGGACUAUGGAUCAUGGCCUUGUAGUUUAAAACAGGAGCAGGACCUGCGGGAGCAGCUGGUAAUUUGAUGGAGAUGUGUUGGUCCUCAGAGUGCCAGCGUGUGAUGCGGCCAGAUUAGUUUUUCAUCAGGAAGAGGGAUCACCUUAGAUCAGGAACACUGUUGGGGUGAUCUGAGUUCAUUAGAUCAUUAACUGCUGAUAACAUUCAUGUUCCCCUGAGAUAAUAAACUUCCAGAGAUCACCAGCUGCUAAUGCACAGCCUGGACUUUCUUCAUUUUAUGUCUUUAAAGGAGGAACAGCGCACAUUACUGAAUGUGGUAGAUCCUGCAAACAUCCCAGAUUAUCCAACAGGCGGAUUUCCAUCUGUGGUCCAUGGAUGGUUGCUGGUAGAAGCCUUAGAUCAAUGAACAAAGUAGAAGGAACUCUGAGACAAAGAAAGCAACAUUCGGACCUCAGCCUCCAAAGAACCGUGAUGUUGGGAAAUGAACCGGAGUCUGUACUCUGUACUGUGUUGGUUCUGGUUGGGAGACAAAGCUGGAAGUUUGUAGUCUGGAUCUUUGUUUCAUUCCUGAUGGUUGCUGAGCAAAGUUAAAACCCGUGACAUCACAGAUGGUUUCAUUUGUUCUACUGCUGCUCUUCAGCUGAGUGAAACUACGAGAGAUUUCACAGAAACUUCAGCUGACCUGUUAACCUGGCUUUGAUUUCAUCUGGUUCAGGUCGGGUUCACUGCCAGCUGUCAACGAUCAUACUUAAAAGUGUCGUCUUUUACCUGAACCAGACAGGUUUAACACCAGGUGUAAAGUGGACCUUUGGGGAACUCUCUGACAAUGAACCUCGACACACAUGGAAACAACAGCUUCAUGCUUCCCCUCAGCUGAUGAGCUGAUUCCACAAACACAGGCAUGGUCUGGACCUGUUCUGGUUCAUGAAACUGAUAAAUACAGUGAAUGAGCAGAACUGACGCUAGGGGUCUGCAGGUCUUAUAAAUAAACCCAGACUGGUCCUGAUCCGCACUGUUCUGUAGUCAAUCGUUAAGAUUUUUCUGUUUCCUCUGUGUUUAUUAGAAUCUACAUUUUUCCUGAGUUCACUUAGUUUUCCUGAUCCCAGAUCCAGAUGUGUUCAUUUUUUCUUCAUCCUCCCUCAGUUCCCCCGCCUGCAUUCAGGAGGAACUCACCUGGACUUCCUGCUACUGAUCACCCUCCUCAGUAUUUAUACAUCUGUUUGUUCAGUGACUGUUUUCCAGAUCGUUCUGCUUCCAUGCUAGUUCUCUGAUGUUGCUCACGUGUUCCUCGCAGGUGUCCUUGUUGUUCCCUUCAGAUUUUCCUCCUGAGUUCCUGUCAGUUACUUCCUCUCAAUAAAUAUUCCAAUCAACCCUGAAAAUUCAAGAAAGAUGAGGAUGAAAUCUUCCAGCUUCAGACCCUGAAGCCGAUUCUGAUUUCAAGACUAAAUCCUGACUGAUUAGGUUCUUUGGGGUUAUGAGUGCCAGGUACUCCGGAGCUUUCAAGUGGAUUAAUGUCCGUGAUAACAGAGUGUGACAUCACAACAAGUCAGAAGCUCAAGGCUUUUUAGUUUCUCUAGGUUCUGUAUCAGAGCUGAAGCUCAGAACUUUUGGAUUCAACAUCAGACUGAAUUCCAACAUAAACCUGAUGUUAUGUUGUCUUGGAUCUACACAGAUCUCUCUUUCUUUGGAAACAGUCCGAAUCAUCCUGCAGAACUGUUAUCGGCACCUGUUUCUGAUUCUGAUACUGAUUCUGAUGGUCUUUAUGGAAAACAUUUAGAACCGCUCCGCUGUUGAAUGUCCAGAUUCAGGGGAAAAUUGAAUCUUUUUGAACAAUAAAUCCUGAACUCAGAAUGUCAGGAACAAGCUGAGCUCAGCAUUUCCUCUUUUAGACCAGGAGCUGGAAAUCUGCAGGAAAACCAGACAAACCGUACAGAACCCGAGCUGAUUGUAUAGAUCCCGAUCCAAACUGUACAGAACUGGAACUGAACCGUCAAGAACCAGAGCCAAAUGGAUCAAACAUUGGAGCUGGAACAGACACAAAAGAUGAAAAUACAGAAGGUUCUUAGAUGGUUUAUAGUGGAUUUAUAAGUUCAGAACCAGGUUCAGGUUGUUAAUGUUAUGGAGCCUCAAAGUCAAGCAGAAUUUUGGUUCUUAUUCUGUUUCUGACUCGUUCAUCGGCUCCCAGUCCAGCUGUCUCCCUCUCCUACCCCUCAGCUCUUUUCCUGUUUCUUCCUCGCUCAUUUCCUACUUCCUGUUUCCUGCUGCCAGCUUCCUGUUCCCAGACGGUUUGUGGAGCAGCAGAACCAGCUCGCCGUGCUCAUCGGACAACACAGGAAUGCUUCUCUGGUUGUUUUCUAGACGGGACGGUGUCAGAGGGAAUCAGCAGCUUCUAGAUAAAGAUAUUUUUCUUUGUGUUGGAAGUUUUGUUGUUUUGUUUUAAUUUCAUGAUUUCUGAGCUCAGCUAGAACAGUCUGUCCAGCAGGAGGCGCUCUAACAGAUAAACAACCAUCUCAGAGAGGGAUGAAGCUGCUGUCUGGUUAAUUCCUUGAGCCCCUAGAGGCCACAAUGGGAGCUGCUGCAGCUAACUGAGUUUCUCACCUGUGGCUGUGCUUCAGCCUGUUGGAUGGCCACAGGUGAACUACUGGAGAUUCUAUGAACUCUGUCAGAAGGUGAGCCAGAGUCUCUAGACAGGUGAACAGGAUUGACAAGGAGGGAGGAGGUGGGAUCACAUGGGAAGUACAUGCCAUGGAGGUCAAAGGUCAACUAAUUAUAGCACCUGUGAAAACAUUAGCAUUCAUACUUCAUCAUUCUGGUCUGUGUGUGAAAGUUCAUCUAGAAAUAAUAAGCCCUUCACCUGUCCAAACAGGAAACAAAAAGAGCGAAUGGCUGAGCUGCAGGAAAGGAGGCGGAGCCUGCAGGCACUGCUGACCACACGAUUGGCUGAGCUGAGGCGGAUCUGUCUUCAGGAGGCGGAGCUGACAGGUGCAGUGCCCAGCGACUUCCCGCUGGAGGCAGGGGAGAAGCUGCCCUGCAUUCGUAGACGAGGUGGGACAUCCCGUCAGGGAAACAGGAAGUGUCGAGUGGAGGAUGAAGACUGUCAGCGGUCCAAACCCAAAAAAACUUUAUUCAGUGCAGCUCUGAGGAAACACACCGAUUCUGAAAACGGCACACACACUCAGAUACACACUCAUCAUGGCAAGAGGACUGUGCACAGAGGCUGCCACACAGAUGAUACAGUGCGAUCAGAAAGCAGCUCAGCGUCAGACUCAACAGGAUACGACAACGACAACAGUGGGUCUCAGUGUCCCCCUCUACUGAUUUCUGCUGGAUCUCCUGUGGAGGUUUUCAACCAGAGCAAAACCAAGAAGAAAUCAGUGCUCAGCAGGACUGAACACCGUGAGACCAACAAGCCCCCCGCUCCCCCCCCCUCCCAUCCUCCCCCUCCUCCACCCCGCUCUCAGGACUCCUCCUCCUCUUCUGAUGCUGGGAGGGAGGGAGGAUGCAAGACGUCUCGUCAAAGUAACGGUUCGGACAGCCUCUUAAACCACAUCACUCCCCCAGAGGAAGAGGGCGGCGUCCAGCAGGGCGCAGUGUGGGUGAAUGGUUCAACUGUGUCACGGGGAACGAAUGCCGCCGGAUUGUUCUGGAGCUCUGAAACGCUCACUGACAGACGAACCAGAAAUAAUACUGGAGUCUCUGAGGGGGGAGGUAGAGGAGGCGGGACGGGUCCAGGAGGAGGGAGAGGACGAGGGUACAGUGAAGUUCUGUUGGACUAUGUGUGGGAAAAACAGCGCCAGUUGCAGCGCCAGCCGUCUCAACCUAGCAGACAGCCAGACAUUUCACAGCACCAGCCCCUCCAUAAGGGAUGCUCCACUCAGCAGCCCCCAGGAGCCCCACCCACCUACCGAAGUCACCAUGGUGAUCAGCGCAGAGUUACCGUCACUCGCACCAAGUCCUGCGGCCCGUUCCUGCCAGUGAAACAGAACCAGGCUGACGUCACCCAUCAGGCUCCACCCACCAUUCAGCCUGACCCCCACCCCCAUCUCUUGCCCCCACGCCCUCCUCAGCUGCCCCUCCAACAGGACUCCCAGCUGGAGGAGGCCACCAGGAGCCUCCAUAAGGCCCUCGCCCUAGAAGGUCUGAGGGACUGGUACCUGAGGAACACCUUAGGAUCUUCCCACCAGAAUCAGGCAGGUGGAAAGGUCGCAACAGGUGCCAACACUAAACUAAGUGCCGGGGUCAAAGGUCAUGCAGGAAGUGGCGACGUCCUGCACCGAAGACGCACAGCUCACGGAGUCCUCCAGCAGUCAGCCCAUCAGAGUCAUCAUUACGCCGUGCCGCAUCACAAACAGUCACUGCCGCACUCUGCCACUUUCCAUGGACACCCGCUGAACGAGAGGUCUGUGGAUGGCUCGAUCUACCAGGAUUUCUUUCCCUCACAGAAACAGGAAGUCCCCCACAGAGACUUGGUGUUGGAUCAGCCAUCUCCUGGGACUCUGGUCUGAUCACCAAGCAAUGGGGAGGAGAGCCUUGGACCAGUCCCAGACUGACUUUCUGGGCUUAGGAUUCUAUCCAGCAACCUGUGAUUGGGUGGUGAUGAUCCAGCUGAACCAGAUCCACCCUGCAAGUCAAGGACCAGCUUACCACAAGCAGAUCAACAGGUUACGAAGACGUAAGUUGGAUAUUACUGGACUAAUCAGGGACAGCCAUGAGACCCAUGCAGACUGUCCAUGCACCUUAAACACUGGUUCACCUCAUAGAGAACUUUAUCUUGACCUGAGAGGAUCUGCUGCAGAACACCAUCUUUUCAUGAAAAUCUGAAGGGGUCUCUGGGAGAGUUUUCAUAGUCGCAAAUCUGUAGACUACCAAACAAAAAACUGAACCAAAACAACCUGUUUGAACCCAACUGAGCAUCGAAGGUUUGUCACUGUUUGAGAGAACUAAAAACACAACAGCAUCCAACUAGAAUCAGUGUUUUUAGUAAAGAAGGAAGCCUGCAAUGAGGAUCCUAGUGUCCUUCACUUUUCAAAGGUCCAUCAGGUAUGUGACCUGGACUUCCAGAGAAACCUUCAGCUCUGAAUCCUCACAGCAGCCUUCAGACCUGCUUCUUCAUAGGUUUCCAAGUGGCUGAAGGUUCCUGGUCUGAAAAAGUUUGUGUAAACCAGUUGUUGUUUUACCACAGCUGGACUGUGGAGCAAAAACUGAUCAAAGUGCUGGGGUUCCUGCCCUAGUCAGAUCUUGAUCCUCAUCCUCAUUUUAAGCCUUGGCCCAGACUCUGCUCAGACAAUCAGACUCUUUCUCAGCCAAUAGAGGAGGAACACGCACUCCUCCAAAGACUGUACCUCACCAUCGUUGCUUUGCUCGCUGACAUCACCAGCUGACAUCACCAGCCCUGAUCAGAUCAGGUGACCUACCUGGUAAAGCCUCAGGUGAGUCCAGACCCGCAGCAUCAGGUAACCUUGCAGUGUGCAUUCAGAACCGCUGAACUAAUAAUCCAGCACUGAGUUUAAUCUUCAAACCAGCAAGAUAUGGACCUGCAGCAGGAUCACACAGGGCCUGGACUGUUCAGACUACCAAGAUCUAGACCUUCUUCAGGGAAACAGGAUCUUGGAGAAAGAUCUGGUCUUGCAAUGAGACAAUCCAGAUCUACAACAAUUUAGGAAUAACAGUAGAGGAACUUGUUUUUUUUCUGUGGAACCUGGAGGUUAAUCCUUUCCCUGAUCUAGAUCCAAAGCCAGAUCCAGAUUUCAUUUCUAUCCUAACCCAGGUUCUGGAUCCACGUCCAACUUCAGGUCAUAAUCAACAUCCAGGUUGAAACCUGGAUCCACAUGCAGGUUUAGACUGAAGCAAUAAGAGGAGCUUCGAGUUCAAGUUUGAAUCUUUUAAAGAGCUUCAGAAUAAAAUAAGUCCAAAAUCGAUCAGAUCGACAAUCAGACGAUGAUGUCACGACAUUGAUUGAUUCUUUUUGAUCAACUGUUUGAUCUUGUUUUCUACUAAUCUGCUGUCAUCGGAUUUUAUACAAAUGUUUAUAAUUGAAAUGAUCAAAAGACUUUUUAAUGCAGGACAUUUGUUCUACCGAUAAUAACUGGUGUCCACACACACCUCUACUAAUACACACCUAUAGUGUUAUACAUCCGUUUGGUUCUAAACACCUGUACUGGUACACACCUGAUCAGUUACAAACACUUAUGUUUUUUUUUUCUACUACUGUUUCAUAAACGUGUACUGUUCCACACCUGUUAAGAUCUACACAUCUUUACUGUUCCACACCUGUACUGUUCCACACAUCUGUACUGUUCCACACCUGUUAAGAUCUACACACCUGUACUGUUCCACACCUGUUAAGAUCUACAUACUUGUACUGUUCCACACCUGUUAAGAUCUACAUACUUGUACUGUUCCACACCUGUUAAGAUCUACACACUUUUACUGUUCCACACAUGUACAGUUUCACACAUCUGUACUGUUCCACACCUGUUCUACACAGCUGUACUGUUCCACUCAUCUGUACUGUUCUACACCUGUUAAGAUCUACACAUCUGUACUGUUCCACACCUGUUAAGAUUUACACACCUGUACUGUUCCACACCUGUUAAGAUUUACACACCUGUACUGUUCCACACCUGUUAAGAUUUACACACUUUUACUGUUCCACACAUGUACUGUUUCACACAUCUGUACUGUUCCACACCUGUUAAGAUUUACACACCUGUACUGUUUCACAACUGCACCGUUCCACACCUGUGUUCCUGUCUUUUCCUGAGGCUCUGUCUGGUUGGAAGUAAUCUGCUUAAGUCACUGCAGCUGUGAAAUGCUCUGCUUUAUUAAUGAUGAAACAUUAACUUCAGUUUUAAUUUAGGCAGCGCAUUCAUGAUUAAACCUACUGUCUCUCACAUCUGAUCAUCAAUGUUAUUAAAAAUGUUUCUCUGAUCAAUUUUCAAUCAAUCAUGAUCAGUAUGAAGAUGAACUGUAUAAUAAGCCACAACCUUUUAAAAACCUCACUGUAAUAGUGCUACCACUUUAUUGGCUGCUGCUUGAAUUGACGCUCCACUCAGAUGUUUCCUGAUUUCUUAUUUCUAUCCAGUCAUGGGACCGCAGAUUCACUCCGAGCAGCCACUUCUCCCAAUGCCAAUGCAGAACACACACACUGGAAGACAUGGCAUACAUGUUCAUAGCAGAGGCUCAAAGUGGUACUACUGAUGUACCUGUGUGUACCACUAUAGCUGCAGUGCCUUAAAGACUGCAGUCUUAUAGUCCCCAUGUACAACUUUACUUCAUCAGAUUUUCUUUAAUAAAACAGUACUGUUCUGAUAUACUAAAGUAACCAGCACUAAUACAGCACUGUAUAUAAAGCCAGUAUUAACUUAAUGUGCGGUGAUCCUGCAACAGUACUGGUUUAGUCAGGGCAGGGGAAGGAAGAAAGUUCAGGUUCGGUUCUGCCACCAAACUGUCUAAGUUUCUGGGCUCUUUGCUUAGAGCGACUGAGCGAGAAGACGACAGAAACUUCUAUCUUAUUGAGGAGGUGUGGUUGACCCCGUCGUUAGAUGUGACGCUGUCUUCUAAGAGCUGUGAUUGGUUGUUGCGAAAAAGAAAAAAUUAAUGGAGAGAAAUAAACUGGUGAUCGAAUUUA